UCAGCGGUUUCUCUUGACCAUGGAGGAGAGCGGACAGACUGGUCCAAAGGUUCUUCAAACACCCGCACACAUAUCUUCUCUAGCAUUUGGUCAUCGUAGCCACCUCUUUGCUGGUUGUGAUGAUGGAACUGUGCGCCUCUACGAUCUCGAGACUUACAAAGUGAUGAAGGCAAUACGCGGAUUGAAAUCGGAAGUUUCGUCGAUUGCGUGUCUUGAGAGGUCUGGUGUCGAUUACAGAGAUGCGUGGAUUGCUUGUGGUCGACAAAUUUUUUCGUUUCGAAUGGACAGUGAAAAACUCGUUUUGACGCCAGAAGAUGCAGUUUCAACGUUCCAAAUAUGCGAGGAUGAAGAAGAUGUUCUCAACGAAUCAGAUCAGUUUCGAUGGCGGUAAAAAGAAUCUUGCUUUCAGUACAGACUCUGGAAACGCCGGCGUUUUAGAUCUCACCACCAAGAAAGUAGUCAAGAUGAAAACCAAGCACACGAAUAUAUGUGCUAACGUCAAAUUCAUACCCGACCGUCCUCGAGAAAUAGUUAGCUCCGGGUACGACGAAACCCUUCUCCAUUUCGACGGCCUACAAGGUUCCCUUUUAUCGAGACGAAAAAUGCCCCCGAUAGAUUCCACGGUUGACGGAAUGACAUUAUCACCCCCUUUCAUAACGUGUACUGCAAUAUCGCCAGCCGGUGUGCUUGCUGCCGGCCUUGCAGACGGAAGAUUAUGGUUGGGAUUUGGGGGAGAGAAGACAUCGACACCAAAAAGUGCCGGAAAGAGACGUGCACGUAAAUGGAACGGGCUGUCUGAGGAAAGUGAGCUGGGACCACAAAAAAUUGCUGAUGGACCUAUUGUCGCAGCGAAUUUCAUUGACAGUGAUAUUCUGGUCGUAUCUACCCUUCUUGGAACUAUCAAAAUAUUUCGCUUGCUACGAGAGAAAGACGGCGAAGUUCCACAACUUGAAGAAGUUCUAGAGAUACAGGCAAAGACCAUCGAGAAGGUCAACGCCUUGGCUAUUCAUGGUGCGAGGAUCGCGAUUGGGGGUUUCGCUAAAGAUGGAAAAGGUGUCAUUGUAAUAUGGGAUGAGAAUACUGUUUGGAAGUAA